CUUGGGCUCCCUCCAGCCAGACUGUAGACCUACUGGAAACUAUAGAGACACCUGAGUUUCGCCCCACUGGCUAAACUAUCCCGUCACAAUGCUGUCACGAACGUUGUUUGUUCCUUUGAUCUUUGCUUUGGCUGGUCUUGCUCUCUCAGCCCCCAUUACUGAUGGAACAGAGGGAGAUAAUGAUGGUGCCAAAGAUGGCGAAGGCCCCACUGGCAGCCCGGUAGUUGCAGCAGCAGCUGGAGACUCUGUAGGGACCACAGAUGGGACUGACUCUAGUAAAGAGCUGGCUGGAGAUGUGAGUAGCAGUGAUACAUCCACAGACACAAGCAAUGGAGAUACCAGCGUGGAAACCACAGGCAGUCCUGAUGCCCCUGAUGCCCCAGAUGCAGCUGAAGCAGCAGGCAGCCAAGAUACAACUGAUGCAGCUGAAUCAGCAGAUGUGGAUAAGUCUCCAGACGAUGACUCCACAGAGUCUCCAGAAAGUGAUUCCACAGAGUCUCCUGACAGUGACUCCACAGAGUCUCCUGACAGUGACUCCACAGAUGAAGUGUUGACAGAUGUGCAAACUGACUCUGACGUGACCAGUGAUGACACGGAGCAGGCCAUGGAGACAGACAAAGAUGACGACAAGAGUGACUCAGCUCAAGAGGAUGCAGAUGGGAAGGAUACUGCAGGUGAAGAAGAAAUGUUAGAUAAUGACUCUGCAGAUGCUGCCACAGACAAAGACGAUAGUGAUGAGGAUAAGGACAUUGAACUAGAUGGUAAGUCUCCUGCAGAAGAGAAGGACAGCGCAGAAGACACAGAGACAGGGGAAGCGACGGACAGCGACAGCAAACAAGACGACGCAGACUCAGACACUAAGGAUGACAAGCCAGACAAAGACGACAAGAAAGACAGCACAGAUGACAGCAAAGACAGCGACAGCUCAGACGACCGCAAAGACAGCAGCGAAGAAGAGGCCCAGGUUCCGGAGGAGGAACCAGAGCAACAGGAAAUAGAAGAAAAGGACAGAGAGAGCCAACAGGACAGCUCAGACGAAAACGAAAAGCCAGACAAAGAAGAUGAGAAAGACAGCGACAGCUCAGACGAAAACGACAAGCCAGAUAAAGAAGAUGAGAGAGACAGUGACAGCUCAGAAGAAGACGACAAGCCAGACAAAGAAGAUGAGAAAGACAGCGACAGCUCAGACGAAAACGACAAGCCAGACAAAGAAGAUGAGAAAGACAGCGACAGCUCAGACGAAAAUGACAAGCCAGACAAAGAAGAUGAGAGAGACAGCGACAGCUCAGAAGAAAACGACAAGCCAGACAAAGAAGAUGAGAAAGACAGCGACAGCUCAGACGAAAACGACAAGCCAGACAAAGAAGAUGAGAAAGACAGCGACAGCUCAGAAGAAAACGACAAGCCAGACAAAGAAGAUGAGAGAGACAACGACAGCUCAGAAGAAAACGACAAGCCAGAUAAAGAAGAUGAGAAAGACAGCGACAGCUCAGACGAAAACGACAAGCCAGACAAAGAAGAUGAGAGAGACAGCGACAGCUCAGAAGAAAACGACAAGCCAGACAAAGAAGAUGAGAAAGACAGCGACAGCUCAGACGAAAACGACAAGCCAGACAAAGAAGAUGAGAAAGACAGCGACAGCUCAGACGAAAACGACAAGCCAGACAAAGAAGAUGAGAAAGACAGCGACAGCUCAGACGAAAACGACAAGCCAGACAAAGAAGAUGAGAGAGACAGCGACAGCUCAGACGAAAACGACAAGCCAGACAAAGAAGAUGAGAGAGACAGCGACAGCUCAGACGAAAUCGACAAGCCAGACAAAGAAGAUGAGAAAGACAGCGACAGCUCAGACGAAAACGACAAGCCAGACAAAGAAGAUGAGAGAGACAGCGACAGCUCAGACGAAAACGACAAGCCAGACAAAGAAGAUGAGAGAGACAGCGAUAGCUCAGACGAAAACGACAAGCCAGACAAAGAAGAUGAGAGAGACAGCGACAGCUCAGACGAAAACGACAAGCCAGACAAAGAAGAUGAGAGAGACAGCGACAGCUCAGAUGACAGCAAAGACAGCAGCGAAGAGGAUGUCCAGGUCUCGGAGAAGAAACCAAAGCAGCAGGAAAUGGACAUGAAGGAGGGAGGUGACGUGGGGGAAGAGCAGGCCAGCCCUGAAGACAACAUCAAGGAGGGAAGCCCUGUAGGGAGCCAAGACUUUGAGCCUCUACAGGAUUCGGAGGAGGAGGCGGAGAUGGAGUCAAAGGAGGAGGGGAAGCUGGAGGAGGCGGAGAAGGAGGAGGAGGAGCUGGAUGCGGAGAUGAACCUAGACACAACAGAGUCCGACAGUAAAGAGGACAGUAAGGAUGACAGUAAGAAUGAGAUUAAGGAUGAGAGUGAGGAUAAGACUGAGGCUGACGCAGACUCCAACAGUGAAGAGGACACUAAUGAUAGCAUGAUGAAGGAGCCCAAAGAUUCUGAUGAUGCUGACAAAGAUGACAAGGAUGCCUCUGACUCAGACGAUGACAAAUCUGAAUCUGAUGCAGAGCCAGGCACAGAUUCACACAAAGAUGAGGAUGAGACCGACGAGGAUUCCCAUGAUGUGUCAGAGUCCAUGGUGAAAGAUGACGAUAUGGAUGAUGAUGACAUGGAUGGGGCAGAAACAAUGGCUCCAGAUUCAGAAGCUGUUCCAGCUGACAUCCUGGACCAAUCAGACCAACAGGAUUACAUGGCACAGGGUGCCUCUCACGGCGCUGAUGCACCGGCAGCCCAGUCUUAGCCCUGUGGGUUGAGGCCACAUGACGCUGUGAAUGGAAUCAGACAGUUUGAUAGUCCCAUCAUGGUGAAUCCCACUUAAAACCAACAAGUCCUCCUGUAGUCAUGACAACAAACAGAGUAAACGAAAUUUACGUUCCUUAACCCUCUCUUGCCACUCAAAAUGGUGAAGGUGUCUACGGGGAUACAAUUAAAUUAUUCUACUGUUUUGGUGUACAAAGCAUUUUUACAUUACAUUACUUUUUGACUGCAUUGGUUUUUUUUGGCAUCUCAAGGGUAAUUUAAUAUUUGAUCAUGGAGAAUAUAUAUUUUUUCAACUUUGUUUUUUGUUAAAGACAGUUUAUUUAAGUUGUGACAUCAUCAUUAUACAAGUUACACCCCUGUCUUAUCAACUAGCGUGUUGAUAAAAUGGUCAACAUGUUCCCUUACAAUGCCCUUGAAAAAAACAGAAGCCUGUUUUUUAAAGAUAGCAUUCAGUCAUUGUAGGUUUGCUAGGUUUCUGCAGGUUGUGGGUUACUAAAGUUUUCCUCUUGCUUUCAUGUGAUGCAUUGCUGUCUCAGUCCUUGACAGAAAGCUCAAUUGGCACUUUUUCCUUAACCGAUAACGGCUGCUACAUUUGAAAAAUAACUCCUACUGGCUCAGUUCAACAUUCAUUUUAAAGUUAUUAGUAACAUAAGGUUCUUUAAAAAAAGAAGUGUACAUACAAUGUCUUUGAUUAAGUAUAAUCUACAUUGGUUGGACAAAUGAUAAAAUAACAAUUGCAUAGACAUAAUGAGAAUUUAAUUUCAUAACUGUAUGCACACAGGGGGAAAAUCUAAUAAAUAUUGAGUUGUCAGAUCA